GGCGACGACUGUAUUCAGUGUCCAUUCCAUGGCUGGAGGUUUGGCGGAGACGGACAGUGCAAACGCAUACCUAAUCUCAAUGACUUGGAGUUAAAGGCAAUAAAACCAGUGGUAAAGAAAUGGCCGACAAUAGAGAGGAAUGAAUUGAUAUAUGUUUGGCACCACUCGGAGGGCUCGGAGCCCGACCACUACCCCGAGGACUUUGAUGCCAAAUACGGCCACAAACUAUCACUUAAGGGCUCGAUUACAAGACUUAUGGACAGCAACCAUGAUGUAGUCACCGCAAAUGCUGUAGACUUAGAGAAUGCUAAUUACAUACACACAUCGAUCAUACCAUACAUAACUAGCUUAAAAUCUUCGUUUGACACAACGUAUGGCUCGGAAAAUGAAACGGCCGGUAGGCUUACCAUCUGUCUAUUGGGCAUCGAGUUGGUCACUGUACCCAUGAGAUUGUGUCACGUGUCACCAGUGCUGGAGGCGAUGAUGAUUGGUGAGGACAAUGCAAUGCUGGGACCUGUUGAUUCGGAUAUGGUGAUCUGGGUGAAUUUCCAGAAACAAAAGCGCCCGAAAUUUACCCGCAACGACGCGCUAAUUGUCUGGUAUCGGCGCUAUUGUCAACGGUUUUACACUAAACUAAAUUAA